AUGACCUCGAAAACUUCAACCGAAAUCAUCGACAUCAGGCCUGGCCCAACCGAGUUUGAUAUUCUACAGGAUAUCAAAGAUGGCCUGCGUCCUGAGGCUGGCGGAGAGAAGACUCUCCCGACCAUGCUGUUGUACGAUGAAGCAGGGCUGCGACUUUUUGAAAAGAUCACUUACGUGAAGGACUAUUAUCUCACCAAUGCCGAGAUUGAAGUUUUGGAGACGUAUGCCGAUCAGAUUGCGGAAAGAGUUCAGCCCGGGUCGGUUGUCGUUGAGUUGGGGAGCGGCAACCUGCGUAAAGUCAACAUCCUUCUCCAGGCUAUUGAGCGCCUUGGUAAAGACGUCGAGUAUUACGCAGUCGAUCUUUCCUUGCCCGAGUUGGAGCGAACGUUCGCCGAGAUCCCGACCAAUUACCAGCAUGUCAAGUUGAAAGGACUGUACGGUACAUACGACCACGCCUUGGAAUGGCUGAAGUCUCCCAAAAUCAGCGCGAAACCCAAGUUCAUGCUAUGGCUCGGUUCGAGUCUGGGGAACUUUAACCGCGCCGAUGUUCCUCCUUUCCUAAGCGGAUUCCGUGACGCACUCCAACCUGGUGACACCAUGUUGAUCGGGAUCGAUUCAUGCAAAGAUCCCAAACGUGUGUUCCAGGCAUACAAUGAUAGCGAAGGAGUAACUCGAGAUUUCACACUCAAUGGACUCAAGAAUGCCAACCGCAUCCUGGGUACUGAGGCAUUCAAACUUGACGAGUGGGAGCAUCGCGGUGAAUUCGUGGAAAAGGAUGGCUAUCAUCGUGCGUUCGUGUCGCCGCUAAAGGACGUUGUCAUCGACGGCGUGCAACUCAAGAAAGGCGAGCGUAUUCGCAUCGAGGAAAGCUGGAAAUUCAGCACUGAAGAGAUCGAACAUUUGUGGAGUGCAGCUGGCCUCGUCCCCAACACCGUGUUCAGUACCUCAAGGGGAGAUUAUGGACUACACUUUGUCUCCAAGCCCUCGUUCUUCUUUCCGACCAAUCCGGAACAAUACGCCUCAGGGCCUGUUCCAUCGGUUGCUGACUGGCAGGAACUUUGGGCUGCUUGGGAUGCCAUCACACAGAAUAUGGUACCCAAAGACGAGCUUUUGUCGAAACCUAUCAAACUCCGAAAUGCGGUCAUCUUCUAUUUGGGUCAUAUUCCGACAUUCCUGGACAUACACUUGACCCGUGCCACUGAUGGAAAACCUACCGAGCCAGCGUCCUACACACGGAUCUUUGAGCGAGGCAUCGACCCCGAUGUGGAGAACCCUGACCAAUGUCACGAUCAUAGCGAGAUUCCAGAGGCCUGGCCACCGCUGGAGGAAGUAUUGAAAUUCCAAGAUGCUGUUCGAGUAAGGACUAGGGCUCUAUACGAUUCAGUCGCUGCACACGAUAACGCUCGCGUGUCCCGCGCUCUAUGGUUGGCAUUUGAACACGAAGCGAUGCAUCUAGAGACCCUUCUCUACAUGCUCAUCCAGAGCGAACGAGUCCUGCCUCCACCAGGAUCAGUACUGCCCUCAUUCGAAGCGCUUGCUCGGAAGUCACAGUUGGCUAAGGUCGAAAACCAAUGGUUCACGAUUCCAGAAUCUGAUAUACAGGUCGGAUUGAACGAUCCAGAUGAUGGUACCGCCACCGACGGAUAUUUUGGCUGGGACAACGAAAAACCUUCCCGUUCACUACACGUAAAAUCGUUCAAGGCAAAGGCACGACCAAUCACAAACGGCGAGUAUGCCGAAUAUCUCGUUCAGACAGGGAAGAGUGCACUCCCCGCCUCGUGGUGUGACGCAUCGGACCCAGUUGCUCAAGUGGCGGUCAAGCGGGAUAGCGUUCAGAAUGGCGUCAACGGAGUCAAUAUCAACAUUGACGGUGUCACGCAAGGAAAGUACGUCCGGACAGUCUUUGGGAUAGUCCCCCUCCAGUAUGCGUUGGACUGGCCAGUAGUAGCAUCUUACGAUGAGCUAGCUAGUUGCGCUCAGUGGAUGGGUGGGCGCAUCCCCACUAUGGAAGAAGCACGUAGCCUUUACAGCUAUGUGGAGCACGGCAAGGCUCAAGAGUUUGAAAAGACGCACGGGAACAGGAUCCCAGCCGUAAACGGGCAUCUGAUCAACAACGGCGUGUCUGAGUCGCCACCAUCCCACCAUUUGUCGAACGGCAACUCCGGAGCAGUAUCCGGUCCGAAGCCGCGCGACCUCUUCAUUGACUUGGAGGGGACGAAUACGGCAUUCCAGCACUGGCACCCUGUGUCCGUUGCCGGCAAGGGCGGAAAGCUCUGCGGGCAAUCGGAUCUAGGUGGCGCGUGGGAAUGGACCAGCACUGUUCUGGAGAAGCAUGAUGGCUUUUCAGCCAUGCCACUGUACCCCGGCUACACGGCGGACUUCUUUGACGGAAAGCACAAUAUCGUGCUCGGAGGCUCGUGGGCUACGCAUAGCCGCGUUGCAGGACGCAAGACAUUCGUCAACUGGUACCAACGCAACUACCCGUACGUAUGGGCCACUGCACGACUGGUACAGGACGUGUAG